AUGAUAUCAAAAUUUUUAGAAUAAUUUAUUGCUAAUCCAAAAGUUAGAAUAGAUACUCUUCUUCCAAAUUAUUUGAUAUAUAGCAAAAUGAAUCCUAACGAUGCAGAAGUUACUAAUGAAUUUAAUAAUAUUUUGGCAAUCAUUAAAGAGAAGUUUUAAUUGUCAAUAAAACUAUAUAUUUUAUCUGUUAAAAGAGAUAUGGUACCUAAGAAAUUAUUUAUAACACAUUAAGUAGAGGAAAAUUUAAAAAAUACAGAACUUAAUUCAACUUUAAAAUCUCAAUUACUUUUAGAUCUUUAAGUUUUUUUAUAUGCUCUAACAUAAAUUUAAGAUAUAUAUACCAUGUUUUUCAAAUAAGAUUUCUUUACCUAUGUUGAAAUGUAAUGAAUAUUAUGAUAGAAAAUAGGUAGGAUAUUCUUGAUGACAAUAUUAAUUUGAAUUGGUUCAACAGUAUAAUAGAAAAAAAAAUAGUAACAUUUUUAAUCAAUAUGCUGGGUACUGCUAAAGGAUUACUAUAUUAAAUGAUUAUUGAACAAUUGAAUUAUAAAGAUCUCAUUCUUCUAUUAAAUAAAGUGGUUGUAUAAAUUUUCAAUGACUGUUCUAACUCAUUAAAAACAAUAACUAAUGAAUUUAUAAAUAUUACAAAUAAAUGUAAUUUAUGCAAUAAAUAUCUUUUAAUGGGUUUGUUUUAGGAAUUGUCCGUUAGGGCAUAUGAUUUAGUUGAAAAUUACCAAGAUUUUACAAUUUUUCAUUUAUCAAGUUAGGAUGCUAAAGAAGAAUUUGCUCGACUAGUUAUCAAUUAUUUUGAUUUGAUGAAUUUAUAUAUAAAUAGGCAUGAUGAAGAUAGUAAAUAAAUAAUUAAUUAAUAGUAUUUACUCCUUUUUAAAAUACUGUAUUGAAAUACGUUAAAGAAAAUAAUGAUGAAUUAGAAGCUAUUGAAUAAGCAAUUACAAAAAUAACAAAUAAAAAUAAAAAAGUAGUAACACAUAAAAUUGUUUCUAAAAGAAAUUAAAGAUUUGGAAUACUUUUAGACAUAGAAAGUGAAGAUGAAUCUAAAUAAAGAUUUAUUAUACAUAAGCCAAUAGAUAAAAUUGUAAUUACAAAUGCAAAGCUUGUUUAAAACAGAUGGAUGUUUGUUGAAGCCUUAGAAGGACUAACUCCAGAAUAAUUACUAAAAAAGAAAGAAGAAUCUAAAACUGAAUAUAGUUCAAUUUAAUAAGCAUUUGAUUCUUUGAAUUUUUAAUAAAGUGUUAAUAAAAUUCAUGAAGAUUUUGAUAUUAGUGAAGAAAGAAUGUAAUUUAUUACAUUUAAUGAAUCUACAGCUGAAAUUUAGAGUGCUUUUUCUGAAACAAUAAAAAUAAAUGGUUUAUAAGGAGAAACAUUUAAUACUCAUUUUUCUAGUGCAGCUGGUGAUAUUGGAGCAUCUUUAGGGAAUUGUUUAGCCAAUAUUAAUAAAUACAACUCUAGAAAAGAAUUUUUGGUUGAUUUUGGUUAAACUGCUGUUGUAAGUGGUUCUCUAACAUAUAUAGCAACUUAAAUGCCAGUUAUUGGUUAAUUAUUUGCAUUAGGAGCAUUUGGAUAUUUUACAGCAAAAAUAUAUUCAAAUGAAUCUUCUUCAUAAAAAAGUAAAAAUACUUAAUUAAAUAAAUUACUAAUUUCUACAACUGCAAAUGUUGGUUCUGGAUUAAGCGGAGCUUUAAUAGGAUAAGCUUUGAUUCCAGUUCCAAUAUUUGGUGCUUUAAUAGGUGGUUUUAUUGGAGGACUCUUAGGAGGAGCUUCUUCAUCAAUGAUCUUAGAAUAUAUGAGUGAAUAAAGAUUUUAAAACUUAUUUGAAUUAGUUUAAUUUAAAGAAGAAAAUGGACAUUGGGAAUAUUCAGAUGAAUAUUUAAACCAAUUAGGCUUAAGCAAAUAAAUAUUUUUAGAAUAAUUACCUAAUAAUUUAAGAUAUCAUGAAAAUAAAGAAAAUACAUGGAUUACUAUUGUAAUUUAAUUAUAUUUAUAUUUUUAGAUAUCUUAUACAUAUUGUACCGUCUAUCAAGCUUAAUUAGAUUACUAAAAAAAUAAAAAAUAAUAACUUGAAAAUGAAUCUAACAAGAACAAUUCUUUUCAAGAAAACUCGUCACAUUCAAGUAGUACUAAUUUAGAAUCAAAUAAGUAGAAUGAAUAAGAUUAGAUUGAAUUCCCAGAAUUUAUUGAAUAAGCAAGUAAGUGGAUCAUUUAAAACAAAUGUCUCAUGGGAUUAUCAUUGCCAAAUACAGAAAUUAUAAUUAAAUGUAUAUUUCAAAAUUUAUGA